GUCAAAAACCUCAUAAUGGAGCACCCAAAGCGUCCAACACCCAAAAACGAGGCUCUGCACAUUGAUGCAUCAGGAAGAGGUGAAUCAUCAUUUUCUGUUCACCGAAGCCACUCCGGCGGUCACGAACCGUUUGCUCCUAGCCCAGGAUCGUCAAUUGGUGCCAGCGUAUCCAUGUUCUCCUCCCGCAAUUCCGAGGCCGAGGUUGGCGACGCUGAGGAUCUAGACGGAGUUCGCACAAUUAUGAUGAACAUUGGUGUUCCCGAUUUGCUUGCCGACAGGGAAAUUCAAAUGAGAUACCCCGAGUUCUACCAGUUUUUGCUUGCUGAACAGCCAACGUGGUUCGAACCAGCACCGUCUAAUGGAACUGUCUACCGUGUUCAUCAUACGACACCGCUGCCUGAUAAUCACAAGAAACUGCGCAAAGAAUUGCCAUUUGAAAUGCUUGAUCUCAUGUAUCGCUUUUUCCGUCAAAAGCACGUCAACUCUCAGCGAAAACGCGAGAACAAGGAGCUCCUGGAAGCAAACAAGCAGCUCCGCAUUGCUGCUGUCCAGAUGUUCACCAAAGCCGAGCAAGAGGAAGAAUAUAUCUCCAACUCUUUGCUCAAAAAGAUCCAGCAAUUGAACCAAGACAAGGAUUAUCUUGUCAAGAAGUACCAAAAAGAUGAGGAGUCUCUCACCAAAUCUCUCAUGGCAAAUGUCGCCAAGAUACCCGAUGUUCAUGGAGAUGAAGCUGCUGCCGAGAAGCUUAUGGCUGACAAACAAGCAGAGAUAGAGCGUCUUCGCACGUACUGUAGCCGCGCUGAAAAAAGCUAUCAGGAGGAAUUGAUGCGCCUCCGUGCUGAAAAAGUUGAUCAUGAAUCAGCUUUGGAGCAGGAGCAAGAGUUGCUCAUCAAUACACUGGGAAAGAGAAUGAGCCAGAUGAACGAGGAGAAGCGGAAGUUGCAACAAGCAUUGGAAAUGGCCUACUUGAACGGUUUUGUCGAUUUCGACGACACUGUCGAAGUGGCACUUCAUGCAUCUGCCUCCCAGAAGUAUAAUGGUAACUCGCCUAAUGUCAGCGCCAAUUCUCCAGUGGUCAACACCAACUCGCCCGCAGUCAGCACCAGCUCGCCACUUGUUAGAAACACUGACCAACAGUCCACUUCUUCUUAUCGUCAGCAACUCAACGAAACUGCCCAUUUGCACAUUGAAAACAAAAAGCUUGUUGGAAUGUGCAAUCAGGAGAGACGUCGAUCGCAAGCUACAGAGGCUGAAGUCAAAAAAUUGAAUCAACGCAUGUCGAAGAUGGAGGCUGUUUUGGAAGCUAUUCGUAUCGAAGCCGUUCGCACUGAUGGACCUCUUGCUUGGCGACUUGCUGCAUUGAGCCAUGACAACAGCAUAGAUGAGCCUCCUCAUCGAAUGCUUGCCGAGAGAAGAGCACAUGGAUCCUCUCCUCCGACCGUCGUUGUUCAGCCUAGCACAAGCCGUGCAGGAUCGAACUCAACUGCUAACAUCAACAACGAUACGCAUCCGCACGCUCAGGUUGCACCGAUCCUGGCAACUGUGCACCCAACUCAGAGAGCCACUCCGGCUAGAAAUGAGAGACCAGAUUCUCAUUACUAGACCAUAUCCCCCGAUGACAAAAAAAAACACUUCCCAUGCACAUUUACUCGAAUACAUCAUCCGACGAUUUGUUUUAUAGAACCCAAUGCUUAGCUAGCCUUGUUCCCAAUGAAUUAAUCACUUUGUCCCAAUAAUCAUUAGGUAUACACAUUUACAUGUGUCUUUCCCUCAAAUAUGUUAAAUCACAUCCAGCAUCCCUCCACCGGUCUUUUGUUCUUUUAAAUGCUCCUGUUCAUUAUACCAAGUAGACUCAUGCUUAACCGCUUGAUGCAUAAUGUUGCGGAAUAUUGAACAUACACCCAUCCCACCGCGUCUUCCCGUCCCGUUUUAUAUUUUCAUUCGGUUUUAUGGCUCCCACAUUUAUUCUUGAAAGCUUUGAAACGUUGAUUUGAUUUUUCAUUGGGCUGAUUCGUUUCUCUCAUAUGGAUCUGUUUUAUCGAUUCAUAAAGUAAUUUUCCUUG